AUGGGUGGUAACAGCAAAUCUACCAAGUCCAGAUCCGACAAGAGAAGAUCCGGCAGAAGCGAGUCGAGCAAGAGCAAAGGGAGCAGCAGCAGAGCAGAACUUCACAUAAAUCGCCUCUUCAUUGUCGUAUACCGAGGCGACCCGACUGACCAUUCCUACUUGCGACACACGGCGCUCUUCGUCUCCACCGACGAAGGAGCGCAAAGCAGCCUCCUACAUGCCAUCGGCGAGCCUGGGAACUUUGAAUUUGAGGAAGUCUGGGGCGCCCAUGACCCUGCCGAAAGCCAGACAUUUGUCGGACUUGUUGAGGUCAGCGUCUACGAGCAUAAAGAUGUGCGGGUGCUUCAAGACUGCAUCUCUGGGACGCGCAUUCGGAACGACCAAGACACCUGGGACUGCCAGACUUUUGUGACGGAUGCUCUAAAGAGACUCAAGAGAAAAGGGCAUUUACAUGAAGAUGACUUCCUCAAUGGAUUUGAAGGAAUGAUGGAUAUGCUGGAGACGGAUAAUAACCUUAUUGACGAUGAUUGGGAAGAGUAG